AUGGAGUUCUUCCUCCCCUCCGACGUCUUCGCCUUUGAGCAGCCCAUGGCUCGCUGCGCCUCUCGCCGCGGCGCCAACGCCCACCCCGCCUGCAGCUUCGACGCCGCACCCCUCUUUGCAUCGCCCUUCUUCGAUGCAAUACGCCAGCAGGAGGCCGCCCAGGCUCGCGCCGAGGCCAUCCAGCGCGCCAAAGCAGCCCGCAGACGUGCACAGGAGGAGCGCGAAGCCCGCGCCUACCUCGAGCACCUCCUGCACCUCCAACAGCGAGAGGAGCUGCUCCGCCGCCAGCAAGAGGCCCACCGGCAGUACCAGCUGCACCAGCUCCAGCUCCAGCGACAGCGCCAGCAGCAGGCCGCCCGCGAAGAGUACCGACGCAGGCAGCAGUACGCCGAGUACCAGCGACGCAAGGCCCAGGCCAUCGAACAGGAGCGCCGCCGCAUCGCCGCCGCCAAGCACGCAGAGGACCAGUCCAGGCACCUCUUCCUCGCUCUCGAGGACCUCCUCUUUGGCGGGCUCAGCUUUGACGACGACGGCCACCGCGAGCUAGCCUCUCUUCCGCUUCCUGGCCCUUCCCGCUCGACGGCCGUCAAGCAGUCUGCCCCUCAGCAGUCCGCCCCUCAGCAGUCCGCCCCUCAGCAGCCCGCCCCUCAGUCCGCUUCUCAGUCCGCCACCGGCAAGGGCAAGGCCAAGGCUGUCGACGAGGCCGGCCAGGACGAAGACAUGGAGCCCGCCCUGGACACCCUCCUCGGCACCAGCGAUGUCAUCUCGACCCCUUCGACCACCGACGACAAGGCCACCGCCUCGAAGGACGACGCCAUGGCCAUCGACCAGGACCCCGAAGAGGUCGGACCUUCGCCUAGCGAGGCCCCGGCAGACGCCGCUCCCGCCCAGCCCGAGGCAGACCAGGCAGCGCCGGCCGCCGCGGCCCAACCCGAGGACAAGAAGGACCUGCUCGUCUUUUCCCACUCCUUCCCCGCCGGCAACUCGGCCAUCGCCAACAAGGUCCAGGCCAGCGACAUCAGAAUCUCGGUCGACGAGCAGACCAACACCGUCACCGUCGCGGGUCUCUGGGACGACAAGAUCGGCGCCGCCUCCCCCAUCGCAGUAGCGCGCCCGUCCAGCCCUACCCCCAGCACAUCUAGCCGCAAGGGCCGCAGCCGCUCGCCCAAGCGUGCCCGGGUCAGCGACGUCGACGCCAACGGCGACGAGAUCAUCCGCAAUGACGACGAGGACGACUACGUCGAGAUCAGCAGCGCCGGCGGCACCGAAUCCGACAGCGAGGUGACGUCCCCGGCCACCGAGCCGCACCAAGUAGAGAAGUGCUUCCAGCUCCCCGCCGGCGCCCGCGCAGAAGACCUGCGCGCCGAGCUCCACCAGGAUGGCCUCCGUCUCUUUGUCUCGUCCCGCGCAUAG